AUGAAAGCAAAUCUAUUUUGUCUAAUAUACCUAAUAUUCUGUAACGAAAUUCAUCGUGUCAGUGCAUUAGAAUGUUAUUUCUGUUUAAGUACAAACGUGGGCACAACUGGUUGUCAAGACAAAUUCAAUAAUAAUGGAACAUCUAUUUCGAGAGUCGGUAGUCGAGAUUCAGAUGCAAUUUGUACAAAAAUGAUUGGUAAACUUAGUAAUGGUCAUAAAUUUACUGUUCGAAAUGUAAGUUCUACUGGUUGUCCACAAGAUCUAGAAAGUUCUGUUGUUGUUAGUAACGAUACUACUGUUCGAAUUUCUGAUCUUGAAAUUUAUUGCUGCAACAAAAAAUUAUGUAAUCAAGCUAUUAAUCGAUAUCAUAUUCAAUCGAAUAUACUUAUUUUAAGUGUCUUCAUAAUUAAUUCAAUUCAAACUAUACCAAUGAGUGUCUUUCAACGUUUAUUCGGUAGGUCAAAUAAAGAAGAUCCAAAUCAAAUAUCACCUAAUGAAGCUAUACAACGUUUAUCCAAUGUUGAAGAAAUUCUUAGUAAAAAACAAGAACAUUUCGAAUCUCAAAUUGAAGUUGAAAAAGGUAAUGCAUUACUUUAUUCAAGACAAGGAAAUAAACGUGCUGCUUUAAUGGCUUUAAAACGAAAGAAAAAAUAUGAAAAAGCUUUAAUUCAAAUAGAUGGAACUUUAACAACAUUAGAAAUUCAACGAGAAACUUUACAAAAUGCAUCAAGUAAUAUGGAAAUUUUACGUGUUAUGAGACAAGCAGCUGGUGCUUUAAAAAAAGCUAAUCAAAAUUUAGAUGCUGAUGAUGUUCUUGAUUUAAAGGAUGAAUUAACUGAACAACAACAAAUUGCUGAUGAAAUUGCAAAUGUAUUAUCAACACAACCAUCAGGAAUAUCGGAUUUAUAUAAUGAUGAUGAUUUGGAAAGAGAAUUAAAUGAAUUAGCUAAAGAAGAUACGCCGGUAAUUACAUCAUUGCCAGAUGUACCCACAACAAAUAAAAUUAAACAACAACAAAAUGAUUUAUCACGAGAACUUGAACCAGAAAUUUUAUAA